GUUUGAUAAAUAGCCUGUUGAGCGUUUAUAUUGUUCCGUGUGCAAAUCUUACAUUUCCCUGGACCUUUAGUUAAAUGGCCUGGUGCUUUUUGUCGAGACUUUGAUCAUUUUAGCAAAAUUACGGUCAAUUAUUUACUUGCAUAUGUAAUAUUAGCAAACAAUCUGAUUCUAUGGUAAUUCGGUUGAAAAAGUAACUACUCUUUACAAUAGCACCUUAAAGCUUGGAUAAAUCUCAUUUUAUUGAUAUUUUCCUUUGCUAAACUAUUGUAUUGUACUAUUUCUUUAGUCUUGUACUAAAUUUAUUAUAAAUAGUGUCGGAAGUUAAAUUCGGAAAAGGUGUUAAAUGUUCAGCAAUAGCAUGUAAUAUACCCAAGUUAGCAUAUACAUGUAAGUGUAUGUAGGUAACGAACAGAUUGAAGCCAAAAUGAAUAUACAUUUUGCUAUAAUUCUUUUCAAUUUUAUUAUUUUUUCUUUGCAUGAUUCAUCAAUAACUCACUUGGCCCAGGGAUUUUUUGUAAAUUUCAACCAGAAUUUACGUGUAAUGUUCAAUUCAUAAAUGGAGUGGAGCCGUCUUUUAUAUUUUGGGCAGAUUUAUAUUUCAUUUUGAACAUUAUUUUAAUAUCAAUAGCUGGUCAAUCUCCAUUAUACAGUCAAUCUUUUGAAAUAUAUAGUCAAUUAAGCUAAACAUGAAACAUGAAAAAUUGAGCAUAAUGUCACUUAAAGAAUAAAUUCCCUUAAAAUAAAAUAGACACGGUAAACAUGAACUUAAUUUUUUUUAUUUUUUUUGUUUAACAUACUUGGCUAGGGAGUUUUAUCCCCGCCGAUGGAAUCAGGUUGAUGAUAUAUUUUGGCGUUGUCCGUCAGUGUGCCCAGCCGUGCAUCUGUCUGCACUUACGUGAGGAUACUUAUGUGACUACAGGCGGAAUAGGUUAACUUUCCUUUAUGUGGCUAGAACAAUAGAAAAACCAAGGGAGUAGCCAUAAAUCGCUAUCUAAAUAGAACUUCUGUCCGAUUUCCGCCUGUCUUUUCCGCGCUGUUUCUGAGCAAAUACUGACUGAAUAUUAAUGGCAAUAUGUGGAAGUUGCGCAUAUUAUUAGCAUGUCAAACUCGGAGUUAUGGCCUCUUAAUGCUUUGCCGAGUGUAUACUGAUGUGCUUUUUCUUCAGAACGGCGGACUUGAUUUUGACAUUGAUUUGGACCAUCAGUGCCAAACCGCCAUAUAGUUAUGGCCCAGCUUAGAUAUGUGUACAAAGAAACAUUCGUUUCUGUGCCAUUACUUAACUACUGCCUUAUAUAUUUCAAUAAAAUAUUAUGGAACCAUCUAUACGAAAAGGCAAUGCGCGUAUCCUUGGCAUGUCAUUAUCAGAAUAACCAUACGGUUUUUAUCUGUUGAUUAUUUUGCAACGAGUCUGAGGUGUAUUGCAAAUAUCACCUUUCAAUGUACAGUUAUUUUUAGAUAUGUUGCUGCACGAAGUUUAUACUUGUAUAAACUUUCUAUACAUAUACAUGUGAAAUCGUUAAGAUAACUUAUAUUUUAUGAUUAUGCGAGUUUUGGGGGCAAUUAACGCCAGUUUAGAAAAGUCACUCUCAGAUUUUGUGGCCUUAAUGUUUUAGAGUAGAAAAUAUUGUUGUUUUUUUUUUUUUAAUCUAUUGAAUCUGAAUGAUUUUAAUUGUCUUUUUUGACCUGGGUUCUGUUGAAAAGCCAGUCAUUCUUUAAUCAUGGUCAGACCAUUUAACAGUUAUGUAGCAGGUCUAAAUAUUGUAAUUUGCAUGAUUUUGCUAUAAUUAUCUCUAACUUUUUCAAUAAAUUAUUUUUUUUCAUACUAAAAAGUAACCUUUUCUAAGCUACUGUAUUAUACUGCAAAACGCAUUUUCAAAGUUUUUAUAGUGACAUUGUUAUACUCUGUUGUGGAACCUCUCAGGUAGUAAAAAUCAAAAUGUGACAGUUUAUAAACCGAUUGACAGGGAGACAUCACUUUUGAUCACGGUUAUAUAAAUAAACCAACUUUACAAAGAUAACUAUGCGUAUAUUGUUUUCUAAAGAAGUAAGCAUUGUCUGAGAUAUCGCCAAAAAGCAUGUUACUGGCAUCAAACAGCUGAUGCGAUAACGUAAGAUAGCAGAGGCAAUGAAAAUGCCGUUGGCACUGGUUAAUCAUAAACACAAUCUGUUUCACAUUAAACUUGUGCAAUAAUUCAAUGGCUAGUGUUACUUAAAAAUAAAUAUGUUGCGAUUUUAAAUUUUCAUGUACAUACCCCUGUAUACAUGAAAAUAUAAAGAUGAAAAAGGCCAACUUCUCAACGAUAAAAUUGCAGUUUUGGGUUAUACUUUUACACGCUUUAACUAGAAGCAUUGCAGGUGGUGAGAAAUUAAAUGUAAAUGGUAUACGGCUAGUCAAUGGGACGCAACCAUAUAGUGGGAGAGUAGAAAUCAGCAUCAAUGGUGUUUGGGGAACCGUUUGUGAUGAUUCGUUUGAUAUUUAUGACGCACAAGUCAUGUGCAAAAUGAUGAAUCUUACAGCAACAGCAUUUAAAUCAGGUGCAUUUUAUGGACCAGGCAUAGGACCGAUAUUUGCUCAAAGGUUUGUGUGUUACAGUUUUCUAUCACACCUAAAAGAUUGUGAGUUCGUUCCUAAUGCCGGAUGUACACAUGAUAGGGAUAUCAGCAUUUUUUGCAGUGAAUGUGGUAAAUUAGAAAUACGUAAUGGAGAAAUACAGUCCAUAUCAGCUGAUGGAAGAAACAUCGUAAUAGCCUGUAUAGAUGGGUACAGCUCAAACAUUACAAUAAGUACUUGUGAAAAUGGAAGUUGGUCUGUUCCGACAAUAAAUUGCACAUCAGAGUCACCAAAUAUCCGACUGGUAAACGGAAUUGGAUUGUAUGAUGGCAGAGUCGAGAUCUUUAAAAGUGGAACUUGGGGAACUAUUUGCAGCACAUCAUUUAUCUUUUAUGAAGCUAAAGCGAUUUGCAAUAUCCUUUUUGGCCAAAGUUCAUACAGAGAUUACUACAGAAACUCAAUCACUUACGGAUCGGGCACAGGAUCAAUACAUAUAGACAACUUAGAUUGUGAUGGCUAUGAAACUAAUAUAGAUGAAUGCAAAUACAGCCGAGAAGUGUCAUGUACUGAUCACGACAGAGAUGUUGCCGUCGCUUGUAACAAAUGGCCAAUGAACUUGGUAACAAAUACCAGACUUGUUAAUGGCACAGGACCUUAUGAUGGUCGUAUAGAGUUGUUUGUUAAUGGUCAAUGGGGAACAAUUGAUGCGAGAUUUGUUGAUAUGUAUGAUGCUCGCACACUAUGUAAGACGCACAAUGCAAGUUUGGCAAUAUAUUUCGAAUCUGCAAUAUAUGGACAAGGAACAGGACCUAUAUUAUCAAGAGAACUUAACUGUGAUGGUGAACAGAGUCACAUACGCAAAUGUUCUGGUAAAUCACCAUAUGGAUCUUCUUCACAUACGUACGAUUUGUCUAUAGCUUGUACAUCAUGUGGUGUACCUACAAUUUAUAACGGAGAACCUAUUUCAUUCAACGGAAAUGAAUUAACUAUAGCAUGUCAUAUUGGAUCUCUGCCAAAACAAGUCACGAUGACAUGUCAACAAGAUAAAAGCUGGUUUCAGAAACAAAGAUGCACUCCAUAUCUGGAAUACCCAUUAACAAUAGAAGAGGUUUUACUGCAAGACGGAUAUAUUCCUACUGAAGGACGUGUUGAACUGAAAGUAAACGGGACAUGGGGAACAAUUUGUGGUACAGGAUUUGAUUCUGCUGAUGCACAAGUUGUAUGUUAUAUGUUUGGUUUACAAUAUAAAAAGUUUUCCGUCAAGGCAAAGCAUUCCAGUAAAUUUGGAAGCGGUCCAAUUUACAUCAGCAAUAUGACAUGUAAUGGCACAGAGUCACAUAUAAACGAAUGCAGAUACGAAAUUUCAAAUAAUUGUACACAUUAUGAUGACGUUGCAGUAGAGUGCACAGGAUAUCACUUGAACAUCACGGACGUGAGAUUAGCCGGAACAAAUGGACCGUAUCACGGUAGAGUAGAGGUAAAGGUCAACAAAACAUGGGGAACUGUGUGUCACAAUAGUUUUACUUCUACUGAAGCAUUACUUAUUUGUCGUAUGCUUGGACUUCCUACGUAUGAAAAUUACCAUUAUCAUCCAUUAUAUGGGCAUGGGAGUGGACCAAUUUACUUAGACAAAUUAGACUGUGGCUAUUAUGCCACUCAUUUCAACCAAUGUCGCUAUUCCAUAAAUAACUACUAUAACUGUGACCAUAGCGAUGAUGUGUCAGUUGUGUGUUACGGACCGACAUUAAAUAUAACCGAUGCUAGGCUUGUGAAUGGUACAAGUAUUCACGACGGGCGUGCUGAAAUAAAAGUAAACGAUACAUGGGGCACUAUUUGUGAUAAUAACUUUGACAUUCAAGCUGCAGAUUUAUUCUGUAGGAUACUUGGUCUGAGGGCAGCUCAGUAUUUCACUGGAGCCAUAUAUGGAGAAGGCAGUGGUCCUGUGUUUAUUGAUCAACUUUUCUGCAAUAGCUACGAUUAUACUCUGAGCGACUGUAACUAUUUGUUUCUCAAUGAAUGUAGUCAUGCUAGAGAUAUCUCUGUUGUUUGUAACGAAUGUGGACAACCUGAUAUAUUUUUCUGGGGCGUUGAUUUUUUCACCUACAAUGGCACGACAUUGUUUGCGGAUUGCUCAUACUAUAAGACUUACGUUGGGAAAUUAGAACUGACGUGUAAUAAUAAAACACAAGAGUGGGUAACAGAAGGGGAGUGUCAAGAGUAUAAUUUUCCGCUAGAUCUCACUGACAUACGGCUUGUUAACGGACCAAAUUCAACAGCUGGUAGGGUCGAGAUCAAGUCUUUGGAUACGUGGGGAACAGUAUGCGGUAAUGCUUUCGGAAUACAAGAAGCUAAUGUUAUAUGUCGAAUGCUUGGAUACCCGCCAGCAAUGGGAUUUUAUGGUAAAUCACAUUUUGGAGCAGGUAAAGGGCCAAUAUUUAUUGACGAUCUAAUUUGUCAUGAAGACGCGGUCCAUUUAAACAAUUGCACGUACGAAACAUAUGAUAAUUGUAACCAUGAUGACGAUAUAGCUGUUGUAUGUACAGAUUGCGGUAACCCAACACCAAACAAUGGCUUUACAAACUCGACAAAGACAAAUUAUGGUGCUGCAGUCCAUGUUUCUUGUGAUAAAGAUCAUAUACUGGAUGGUAAAAGUGAUAUCAUAUGUCAGAUAAAUGGGGAGUGGACCAAUAAACCGAGAUGUAAACUAAUUGAUUGUGGUGAUCCAAACACCUGCCAAUGGGAAAGUUAACACGACAGAAACUACAAACGGAACAGUUGCUCUGAUAUCAUGUGACAAUGGUUAUACAUUAUCAGGUCAAGCAGUUAUAACAUGCCAGUCAAAUGGA